AUGAACGAGUCUUUGGAAAAAGAUGUUCUGCAGUUCUCCAAAGUGACCACGAAGGGGUGCGAAGCCUCAACUCGACGGGUUAAUCUCGCAGGGAGAGGAACAAUGGUUGAUAUAGAAAUUUCUUCCGAAAUGAAGAGCUUCAAAUUGUGUAAUGUUAGCGUCCAUAACGAGAGCUUGCCGAGAGAUUGGCAGACCGACUGGGAUGCGUGUGUGCUAUGUCAAGAAGAGACGAGUGAGGACCUGACGCAUCCAGGAAGGAGCCUGAAAGCGGACAAAAGUGUCGGAUAUUCUAAAUUGGCUGAAAAUUUGGAGGAGUUUCAAAAGCUUGGGCAAGUGCCGUUAGGGGUGAAUGUUUCAGCGCUGGAUGUAGGUGCCGGCCUAAAGGAAACCUUGAUUGCCCGGGAAGCAAAGUGGCAUAAAUCGUGCUACCUGAAAUUCAGCACCAGCAAACUAGAGCGGGCCAAGAAACGGCCAAGCACGGAUCCAAUUCCAACCACCUCACCCGUAAAGACCCGAAGAAGUAAAGAGUCCUUCUGCCCAGAUGCGUGCUUAUUUUGCUCUCUCGCUGGGACCCGAAGCAAUGGUCUGAGCAAAGUGUGCACAAUGCACUGCAGUGAAGACAUUUUUGAGGCAGCAAAAAGAAUGAAGGACACGCAAAUGCUGGCCAAGAUUGCGGGGGCUGGCGAUCUUGUAGCACUGGAGGCCUUGUACCACAAUAGGUGCAGAGCAAAGUACAUUAACAGAGUUAAGAGAGCCACUUCAUUGGAUAAAACAGCCGCAUCAUUGGUGGCUCUUCUACUUCUUGAUGAACUCGUCGAUCUGUACGCGCAACAAAGGCGUAUCUGCAUAGACAUUGCCAUAGAGAUACGCCUUGCACGCACACGUCGCUUGCCCACCACAGUGGGCUCAGAUCGUGCUCGAGCUCACGGUAUUGCUCUUGCUGGCUUGAUUAUGUACUUAGGUCCUGAAAAGUCAGAAUCGUUGCUGGGUUUCUAUGCUUUUUCCGGCUGCGACACAGUGUCCUAUUUCAAAGGAAUCGGAAAACUCACAGCCGUAAACGCUUGGCUGAAAUAUCCUGGAGCAACAGAUGGAUUUGAAGCUCUUCAAGACGGGACAGUUGUUCAGGCUAUGGGCGAUUUGAAAGUAUUUGUUGUUUCAACCUACACCGGGACUGCGUCUUGCGAGACUGUGAACGAGUGCCGGAGGGUGUUGUUCACAAAGAGCGACCGUCAGCUGGAAUCCAUUCCACCAACAAGAGACGCUCUGGAGCAACACGCUGAGAGAGCUUUCAUUCAGAGUCGAGUGUGGAGACAAUCUCUGGAGCGUGAACAAAACUUUCCCGACCCAGCAGACUUUGGCUGGAAAAAAUGUGAAGAGGGUUGGGAACCUGUGUGGCGCACGAUUCCUGUUGCAUCUGAAGCUUGUGAGGCACUAAUUGAAUGUUUCUGUCAAAAGGGAUGCGUACCGGCCCACUGCAAAUGCCUAAAAAACGAAAACAUAUGAAACGA